AUGGCGAAUAGUGAAAUGUUUGCAGCGCUGCUUCAGCGUUUGAAGGACGAUUGUUUAAACUGUACCAUAUGUACUGAUGAUUUCAAAGAUCCGAUCAUACUGCCUUGUCAUCACAGUUUUUGCAGGAAAUGUCUCGGAGACUCCGUAAGGGGGAAAAUAAUAAACAAUAAAUUCCAGUGCCAGGUCUGUGAUAAACUGACGGAAAUUCCCGUUGAUGGCGUGCAAGGUUUCCCAGUCGAUGAACGGGUCGCAAAUAUGCUGACCAAGAUUGAUGCUCUUUUAAAGGUAGUUCCGUGCAGUAGCUGCGACACUAAGGAGAACGCCAGAUGGAACUGUAAAACAUGUCGUCAAGCGUACUGUAACAGGUGCAUAGAGUUGCAUAAAAAUAUACAAGAUGCAGAGAAACACCAAACAGAGCUCAUUAAUGCCGAAGAUGUGGGUGAAGCUGACCCUGAAAUGACAGAUAGUUUUUACAGGGAAGCUAGACUGACGCAUUACUGCCCAAAACACAAGAAAGAGGAACUUGAUUUAUAUUGCAAAGAUGACAACCUGGUCGUGUGUGGAAAAUGUAUCGCAGUAAAGCAUAGGGAUCAUGAAAUUAUCGACGCCGAAGACAGAGCUACAGAAAUUCGUAAUGAUAUCAGUGACGUUCUAAAAAAAGGUGAAUCGAACUUUAAGCGUCCGCUUGUAGAUUAUAUAGAUUUCAUCGAGAACACUAUGGUGGAAUGUAGGGCAAACCAUGACGAAACGGCGAUUUCAAUUCAUGCAUAUUUUCAAAAGAUCCAGGCCGAAAUUGAUGCCAAGAAAGCCGACUGCUUGCAAAAUUUGAAAAAUAAUUAUGCGUAUCAAGUGGAACUUUUGGAAACAAUAUCAAACGACAUGUCGGGACGAUUGGGUCGGUACAACAAUGAGAGGAGACUUUUGGAAAUACUAAAAUCAGAUACAUCAGAUGUCCAACUGAUUAAAAUGAGGGAUAAACUGAAAGAUACAUUCACCGCAUGGGAGUCCAACGAUUGGCAGCGCCCUUACAAAUCAAUAACCUUCCAAAUUAACGUCUUCGCCAAUGACAAACAGACAUUCGAACAGUACCUGGACAGCGUCUCUUUGGAUGUAGAAGACCAAAAUAAUGACAUCGCUGGAGUGGAUAACGCUGCUAAGGUUGUUGUCGUCAUAGACCAGACAGGCAAAGAGAAGAUGAGACUGGAUCAGCUAGAUUAUCCUUGUGACGUUGUGUUCAAUAUAAACGGAGAUGUUGUGGCGUAUUUUAUGGGUGAUCGAGAACUGAAGGUGUAUAGUGAUACUGGGGUAUUGAAACAUAAGACAUGGCACAAUAGAACUCUUCAUAGUUAUGAAAAAUACGUACAGACUGCUAUGUAUGGACAUAUCCUAGCUAAGACAUCGGGAAACAAGAACAUCCUCUAAUACAGCAGAGACCUGAGUCUGAGUGUCAACACGGAGGUGCUUCGAUGUAACGACCAAAUAGAUGCUUUCACUGUAAACAAAGAUGGCUCUCCAGCUUUGGUGGUACACGGCACUAAAACAUUUAACAUUUACAGAUAGUUUUUUAGCGCAAAUGUCUCUGUUAGGCUUGCACUUGUAAUUUGGUAUUUUAUUGAACAUGAUGAUAUUAGGAUUAAACAUGUAGAGCAGGCGUUUAAGAUCUUGCUUAUUUUUAAAAGUGAUUAACAAAAUAUAUCUUCUAUACCUGAUGUAUAUUUUUUGUUAUAUCUAUACUUGUCAUAUUAAAAAUCAAAAUGGGUUUAGGAGUUCUCAGAACCAACCUACACCAAGACCGAUUCAGCAGCAUGAAUACAUCGAUAAAAAGGCCCUUUCUCUUAAUAUAUCAAAUGUAAAAAUUACAUGAUAGAUCGCGAAGUUGUUUGGAAAGCUUCUAUUGCUUGUUCUUUGACCGAUAUGAGAUUGAUGACUGACCUGCAAAUUGCUUUUAUACCCUUCUAAUCGAGAUCAGUUUGUUUAUUACAAAAAUAUGGUAUAAACACUCGUGUUUUUGUAUGAAAUUUGAACCAUAUUAAAUGUGCG